UUGCCUGCAUUCAGCCCAUUUAGCCGCUCUUUUCUACGAUUCAAGGUUAUGUUUCUUAUUGGAUUGACAACAAAAUAAACAAGCUGGGGAUUGAACUCCGGAGGAACGCCUCCUAUUCACCAUGGUUCGACGCGGCGAAAAUGUCACCUCGAUCCGGAUCGUCAGUGUUGACCACUACAUGCACAAACCGGAGCCCCGGUUCGAUACGUGCUAUUCGGAAUUCCGCGGGUGUGACGUGAAGCAGGUGCCGGUGAUUCGUCUGUUCGGAUCGACGGCCGAUGGGACGCACAGCUGUGUGCACAUUCACGGAGUGUUUCCGUAUCUGUACGUGCCGUACGAUGGAAGCACUUCGGAUCGGAUUGCAGUGGAUCGGCUGAUGUACCAGAUUGCGGCCAGCUUGGACAAGGCCGUCAAUGUGUCGCUCGGGAAUGCCAACUCGACGGUGACGCACGUCUUCCGGAUAGCGUUGGUGAAGGGAAUACCGAUUUAUGGCUACCAUAGAAAGGAGCAUCAGUUUUUCAAAAUAUACCUCUACAACCCUUUUCUGAUCCGGAAGGCAAAUAACCUGCUGAUGAACGGUGUCAUCUUAUCGCGAGUAUUUCAGACAUUCGAGUCGCAUGUUCCGUACAUCUUACAGUUUUUCAUCGAUUAUAAUCUAUAUGGGAUGAGCUUCCUGGAUGUUCCGGACUGUGCCAUACGGCAACGGGUAGAUUGUGGAGGCGGAGAGGAGUUGCAGAAGAUGUCUACAUCGGAGAACGAAAUUGAUAUUUUGGCAGUGGAUAUUCUGAACAGGAAUUUGAUGGAGGAAGAGAAGCGAUCGGAAUACGCUAAUCCAGGUAUCGCUUCGAUUUGGAACGACGAAAAAGCUAGGAGGGCAUUGCUGGGGAUGCAGCAACCAGAAGCGCUCAGUUUGUCACAGGGUGGGAAGGUGGAAAUUGUGACUGAGAGCGAUCGGUUCUAUCGAUCAAUGCUGGCAUCGAAGCUUACCAGCGGAAAUGGAUCGAGCAGGUCGGUAGAAGCUGAAGAAAAUAGAUUAAGGCCACCGGUUUCGUUUUAUCCAUCGGAGGUAGGGGAUGAUGAACAGUUGUUGGAUGCUUCCUGUGUCCAGGAUCAUAAGCAUUUCAGUCAGUAUUCGUCGUUUAAUCAGUCAAAUACGGUGUACGAUUUCGAUACGAGUCAGGUGGACGAGGAUAGGAUUGUCAGCAUGUCUCAGAAUCCGGAUGCGUCGUUUGCCGAAGAGGAUCAUGAAUUGCUGGACAUAAUGAGAGAGUUGGAGGAGAACGAAAGUCAUGAGGUGGAGGGUGACAGUCUGUUGGCGCCUCUAACACAGCAAAGCGAGCGAAGGAUCGCUUCCACCGGUGGAAGUGGGAUUAGCUUAUCGCAAUCGAGUAACAAGAGACUGAAUGCCACGUUGAGUGGGGAUUUGGAGAUGCUCUCGUUGAUGGGAGAUAAGAAGGAUGGAAAUAGCACGUUGGUGGAAGAGAAGACAGACGAAAUUCUGGAUUCGGAUGAUGAGUUUCUUCUGGAUUACACUAUGAAGAUGGAAGCGAAUACUGGCGAUGAUUUGCUGAAUGACACCGACGAUGAUAUCCUCAAUUCGAGUGCUAUUCCACAGCUGGAUGGUGCCCACGAUGGUGAACUUCCAAAGUUGAGGACAAAUCAAAAUGGCACUUCUCUUCCGACUGCCAAAAGCAAUGGGGUUAAGAUGAAUGGGCACAGCGAACCGUUGACAAAGCGUUCGAGAGGUGUGACAGAAGUGAAGCUGAGCAACGGAUUUGAGGAGAAAAAGGAAGUUCCAACGAAUGGCGUACAUGAAGGAAAGGCUUCCUCGAUGAAAGCGAGGAAAAAGAUGAAACUGGACCAUCCGGAAAAGAUGACCAACGGAUUGACGAAUGGGGUGUAUUGCGAUCUGAAAUUGAAGGAAUGUAAAGUUAGCAUUCAAAAAUUGAAGUGCAAUGGAGUUCAGCAAGAACCGGCGAUGCCAAAACUCAAGGAGCUGAAAGUGAGACUUUCCAUGGUUGACAUGUCGGCGUAUCGCCUUCCAGCUCAGGAAUCGCCGGUAGUAGUAACCGAACGAAGAACUCGCCAAAAACCUGCGAAAGAACGGGAUCUCUCGCCGUACGAUGAGUUCCGAUUAGCUCGCGAGUACGAUCUGGCCAACAAUUGGGAUCCUCAGGAAGGUCUAUCGCGCGGUCCCGUUCGAAGGGGACGAAGUAGACGCGGUCGUAGCCGGGGUCGUGGUCGUAGUCGGAAGGGACGACCUGCCAGGAGGCCGUCAACUCCAGAACCCGAACCGGAACAGGAACCAGAACCAGACAUCGACGUUGCUCUUUCGCAUAAGUUUCAGAACAUUAUCAAACUUUCACCCAAGGUGUUGAUAACGGCUCUAACUCAACAGGAGGUGACCGACUUGCGGACCAAGAAGGAAGACCAUCCACAGCUGGAACCGAUUUUAAUUUCCAGUGAUUCGGAAGUAAUUCAGAUAACCGACGAGGAAUCGCGUUCCUCGGUGGAACAAAGGAUUCCCAAACUGCUGGAAAUGUCACAGAACGUGACCGAAAUCGCUUGCCGUUCGCCGAUAUCGGAAAAAGGCGAUGAUGGAGAUGGUUGUGACGAGGACGACGAGGAUCUCAAUAUCAAAAGCUUCUACGAACAGACGCUGGUUUUUGACGAUUUUGACGAGCUAGGUUCUACGUCGGAUGAAAGCAUGAUUGAACUGGGCCGCGACAACGGCGUAAAAGUGACAAGUGCCCUUUCCCAUAAACCACCUGCACUGGAAGACGCAUUGAAAGCAAUGCAAGAGUUCGUCAUACCGCAGGUGGUCCACCAGGAACCGUUCUAUAGCAAUCCGGCGGAUGUUACGGGCAGGAAGGAAGUUGGACACGUCGUACUAAAUAUUGGAGGGAACAGUUUGAACGAUUUGGAACCGUUUCAGAGUGUUAUGAGCGAACUAGGUUCGAUUGAACAGUUUCGAUACGAAAAACUAAGCGCCAUCUAUGGUGAAAGUUUGGAUCGAAUUUUGGGCGAAUCUUCCUGCUCGGAUGCUGGUCAAAUGAGGGAACUUUUGGCAUCGGAACAAUCGGUUGUUAUAGAACCGGCUGCCAAGGCUCCACCCAAACGUGAAGCCAAAGUUUGGCUUAAAGCCAUCGAAAAGAUCAAGACUGAGGAAACGGUUCCGGUGGAACAGGACAGUCCGCUUAAGAUCAAGAAAAUGCAUGCAAUUAUGGUCGGGGAGGAAACGAGUUCCUCGCAGGAACCAUCAAACAUCAGAAUCGAUCACGACAGUACCCUCAAUUUAAGUUCUCUAAUUGCGGAUGGCAAUCAGGUGGAUUCCAGUGCGCGAAAGACUCUGGUUUCGAAAAUCUUUUCCAUGAACACAAAAUCAUCUCCGGCGAUGAGCUCGGACCAUGAAAGCGGGUCAUCAGCAAAGGAUCGACUUGAGCUGCUCAGUUACAGUGCUAGGAGAAAGCGACGCAAUAUACCGAAGGCUCGGUUGUCACUGAAUGCGGCAUUCAAACGAUUCAAGGAUUCCAAGCUCGAAGAAGUGGAACUACCUAAGGAGGAAGAAGAAUUCGAUACAAUCACCCCGGGACAGCACCCUGUUUCACAUUCGGACGCUGAAGACAGAAUGGAUGUUGUGAAUUCCUCACAGAUUGUAACCGCUAGUCAAAAGUCGGAGCACUCAGACAGUGGAACGUCGGAUCGAACCUCGUUACCACACAGCGCGGAAAUCGCAUCGAUGCACAAGCGACUUCUGAAUGGGUCCCCUCUGGUGGCGCCCGAUGGCACUCAACAAGGGGAUCACUCGGGAAACAUCUCCGCCACGACACAGACCAACAACACCUACGGAUUCAAAGUUAACUUUGAAAACCUCCAGAAAGCCAAAGCAACGUGCGAGUAUAACUACCUGACGAUUAUGUCGGUGGAAAUCCACGUCCAAACGCGGGGUGAUCUACGUCCGAACCCCGAGGUCGAUCCCAUCUCAGCGAUCUUCUAUCGCAUUCACAAUGACGUACCGGAGGAUCAUCGCCGAGCUCCGUCCGUUUGUGGGAUCAUCCUCAAUCACGAGCAUGGCCUGACGGCUACCGAUCGGAUCGAUCCGUACAAGUAUAACAAAUGCAGCUACGUAGCCGAUGUGGUUACGGUGGCAAAUGAGCGGGAGUUGUAUGAGAAGUUCCUGGUGCUGAUUUCGUUUUGGGAUCCGGAUAUAUUUGCCGGGUACGAGAUCGAACAGGUUUCGUGGGGAUAUAUAAUCCAGCGGGGGUAUACUUUGGAAAUGAAUCUGAUGAAGAUGUUGUCGAGGGUUCCGACGGCGGAGAAAGUGCACGUUUCCGAAGAUGAAGAACAGGAAUUGUUGGAGAUGCAUGAGUACAGUGCCGGAUUGAAGAUUCCCGGAAGGAUUCUGUUGGACAUUUGGCGCUUGAUGAGGCACGAGAUCGCGUUGACGUCUUACAGUUUCGAGAACAUCGUGUACCAUAUUUUACACCGCAGAGUUCCGCGCCAUUGCUUUAGGCAGCUGACGAGACUGUGGAACAAACCGUACUCCAAGUGGAUCGUUGUGGAAUAUUAUCUGGAGAGGGUAAAUGGUAAUCUCGAGUUGCUUCAACAGUUGGACUUGAUCGGAAGAACGGCUGAACUGGCGAAGCUGUUCGGGAUUCAGUUCUACGAAGUACUUUCCCGUGGUUCUCAGUUUCGGGUGGAGAGUAUGAUGUUGAGGAUUGCCAAACCACGAAACUUCGUAUCGGUUUCGCCGAGCAUACAGCAACGAGCGCACAUGAGAGCCCCGGAGUAUAUUCCUCUGAUUCUGGAACCUGAAUCGAGGUUCUACGCCGAUCCGUUGAUUGUGUUGGACUUCCAAAGCUUGUACCCAAGUAUGAUCAUCGCAUACAAUUACUGUUUUUCCACGUGUCUCGGUAGGGUGGAGCAUUUAGGACAAUCAGAACCAUUCGAAUUCGGGGCUUCCCAUCUACGACUGUCGCCACGAAUGCUAAAGAUAUUGGUGGAUAAGAAUCUGAUCACAGUCUCACCGUGUGGGAUCGCUUUUGUAAAAUCUUCCGUUCGGGAAGGCAUCCUGCCAAGAAUGUUGAAUGAAAUCCUAACGACACGCUUGAUGGUAAAAGCCUCCAUGAAGCUGCACAAAGAGAAUAGCAUUCUCCAGAGGGUGCUCCACUCGCGGCAGUUAGGAUUGAAGUUGAUCGCCAACGUGACCUACGGUUAUACGGCGGCAAAUUUCAGCGGUCGAAUGCCGUGCGUCGAGGUGGGCGAUAGCGUUGUAAGUAAGGGACGGGAAACGCUUGAGCGGGCAAUCAAACUGGUGGAAAGCACUGAAAGGUGGGGUGCCAGGGUGGUGUACGGUGAUACGGAUUCGCUGUUUGUGCUCUGUCCGGGGCGGACGAAGGAGGAUGCUUUUAAAAUUGGAGCGGAGAUUGCUGAUGCAGUGACCAAGGAUAACCCGCCGCCGGUGAAGCUCAAGCUGGAGAAGGUCUACCAGCCGUCGAUUUUGCAGACAAAGAAACGCUACGUGGGCUACAUGUACGAAACGCCGGACCAGGAAAAACCCGUCUACGAAGCGAAGGGCAUCGAAACGGUUCGCCGCGACGGCUGUCCCGUGGUCGGCAAAAUGUUGGAGAAGAUCCUUCGAAUCCUGUUCGAAACACGGGACGUUUCAAAGGUCAAAGAAUACACCUGCCGGCAGUUUUCCAAAAUUCUGGAGGGACGAGUUAACCUUCAGGAUUUCAUAUUUGCCAAAGAGUUUCGAGGUAAGGAUGGGUACAAGCCGGGAGCUUGCGUGCCUGCGCUUGAACUGGCACGCCGUUGGAUAGUCGUUGAUCCCCGGCGGGAGCCGCGUCGAGGUGAACGCGUUCCAUACGUAAUCAUCAACGGUCCACCGCUGGUGCCGUUGAUUCGGCUGGUCAGGAGCCCUGAUGAACUGUUGGCCGACAGCGGGUUGAAGAUCAAUUCCAGCUACUACAUAGCAAAGGCGAUAAUCCCACCGUUGAAUCGGUGUUUGCUUUUGAUCGGAGCUGACGUCCACCAGUGGUACAACGACAUGCCACGGAAAUAUCAAAUGUUACAUAACACGGGUGGGAAGAGUUCGUCGCUUGCAAGUGAGUUGCAGUUACCGAAGAAGAGUACGAUCUCGCAGUAUUUUUCCACCACUAGCUGCGUGUGCGAUUGCGGCAAUCAGUCGCACAGUGGAGUGUGCAACGAGUGUCGUAGGCACCCGCAGAAAACCGUUACCUAUGUGAUGGACAAGAUCAAUCGACUGGAGCGGCGUGUUGAGCUGUGUGAGAAGAUGUGCAGGUCUUGCUGCCAGCGAACCUUCGAGACAGCAUGCAUUUCCCUUGACUGUCCGCUGCUGUUUGUGCUGAACCAACGGAGUCGCGAACACACACAGGUUCAGUAUUAUCGUGAUCUCCUGGAGCAGAUUUUCUGAGGUAUGUAGAUCUUUUUGUUGAUUGUUUUAGGAAAUUUAUUUAUUUCGCACCGAACAUAAUUUCUAUUCUAAA